AUGCGAGACGUGCCGAUCUCAAGCAUUGGUGGGUUGGGUUCAGCUGGGAGUUCUGCUCAGAAUGGAACCGGAAAACCGCACUUUGUUGCCGUUACAACCCUUGAAGACGCGCAAGCCGUGAGAUGCGCGGAAUUCCACCCCGAUGGGAAAGUCUAUGCUGUGGGUUCCAACUCCAAAACGUUGAGGGUUUGCGCUUACCCGAAGCUGCUCGAUUUACGGGAAGAGCAUGUGGCGUACCAACCAACUGUCCUGUUCAAGCGCACUAAGCACCACAAGGGAAGCAUUUACUGUCUGGCCUGGAGCCCGAUGGGUGACCUGAUUGCGACUGGUUCGAACGACAAGACGGUGAAACUCAUGCGUUUCAACGCGGACAACUGCAAUAUCGAAGGUCAAGAGGUAGAGCUGACGAUGCAUGACGGGACGGUGCGGGACCUGUGCUUCAUCGAGGACAUGAGCAACAAGAGCUCGCUUCUGGUGAGCGGCGGUGCCGGGGACUGCAAAAUCUACGUGACAGAUUGCGCCACUGGCACGCCGUUCCAGGCACUCAGCGGUCAUUCUGGCCACGUUUUGGCUUUGUAUACGUGGGGAGGUGCGAUGUUCGUUAGUGGAUCACACGACAGAACAAUUCGAUUCUGGGAUCUUCGAACGAGAGGCUGCGUUAAUUCCGUCACUCCGCAGACGAUGACUCCUGGAACGAAGGGAAAUCCUGUUGCAUCCCUGAGCGUGGAUCCUUCUGGUCGUUUGUUGGUGUCUGGACACGAAGAUGCUUCGUGUGUUUUGUUCGACAUUCGGGGGAACCGAGUGAUUCAGGCAUUCAAGCCGCAUUCUUCCGACAUUCGUUCAAUUCGGUUCUCGCCGAAUGCCUACUAUCUGCUCACUGGAGGUUACGACAACAAACUGGUGCUCACUGACCUGCAAGGGGAUCUAACCAUGCCUCUGCCGAGCAUUGUUGUUGCUGAGCACCAAGACAAAGUGAUAUCUGGCCGAUGGCACCCAACCGACUUCUCAUUCGUUUCCACUUCGGCCGACAAAACGUCCACACUUUGGGCCCUGCCUCCGGCGUAGACGAUUUGAUGGAAAGGGAAUCAUCUUAUUCUCUGCCUCGACUGACUAAAUCUUCAUCUUUCUUUGAAGAUGAAAAAAAGGUGGAAAGGUUCUGAAUUGUUGUAGAGACCGGGUUGGGUCCGUUUCGUGUUGUGGGUGUCCUGAGGACGACGAGAAGAGGCUGUAACUGGCUCCUGGUCUUGAGCCGCGUUUUGAAUUUUGUUUCCCGUGAGAAAAAAAGGAAAUGUUCUUCGGUGUACAUGGAGAAACAUGUGCUGGCAAUUUGCCGUGGCUUCUCACACUAAGCGUGCUUGAGACUCGUUGGGUGCAUUUUUUCGUACUAGAAUUUUUGCGCGGAACGGAGAUUAUUUUUGAGCCAAAAUAGAUGAAACUCUUGACAAGCUUGAAGAAUGCACGAAUGUGGCCAGCUGGAAGUUCUUCGGCGUAUUUUAUCUUCAAAGUUUAUGUUUGGCUUCAGCUGGGACAAAAAGCUAAGACUCUAAGUUUCCGGGGGUUAUAGAAGCCCUGUUUCAAUUUUCCGUGUAUCGACUUCAUUCAUUCCGUAAGAAAUAUUAUGGAUUAUGUCAUUCGCUCGUUGAUCAUGGAUCCACGUGGAAGAUGGUGGCGUGACUCAUCUUUUUCUGAGCCGGGAACCGAACUUCUUUGCUCACCAUGGAUACUUUCGAGUGAUUGUAAUUUUCUUUUUCUUUCCUCGGGAAGCGUUACCCGAGAUUUAUUUCGAAUGCUUUUUGUUUUCGUUGAUUUGUUAACGAAACAAGUAACGAGAUGUUAUCGAUGGUGGAAUUCAAAGUAUUCGCAGAGUAGAUACUGACGGGCGAUAAACAAAACAAAAACAAACAAAGAAGAGGGAGGAAAAUUUAAGAGACCAGCUCACAGUGUCACGAAUUUCCGUCGAAGCUGAUUCGGAAAGUUGUUCCUUUUGCAUUGGUAUUCCUGGAGAUCCCGAAGAACGAUUGUUAUCUGAAAUCAGUUUUUUUUGUUUACCUUGUAACUAAGUGAUCUUCGCGAUUCGUGUUUCGAAUCUUGGAUUUUCCGCGUCUUAAUUUGGGUUUCUCUCCCGAGUCGCGCCGUGGCUUGUAGACGGAAAUCAGUUGGAAGCGAAAAACGAGAUAAUUUUUCUACUAAAA